AGGGAGUAGAGAUUUUCCAAAAUUCUACCACCUCGCACACCUGGUAAAAGGCUCAACAGUCUGGGCCUGCAUACCCUAGGUAGCAAAGGAAGCGACGCCUAUUAAGCUUAGCCUCCGGGACAGUUCGAUGAUUUUCCCCGUAGACCCUUCUUCUGGUAUAAUUGCCUUACCGGCGAUGUUUCUUGCAAAAGUUUGACGGAUUGGCGAAGUUUUACUACACUUAUACCAUGUCUUAUGUUGUUGUUCCCCCAGGACAAUCACCGCCUUUUGAGGUGGUCGAUGACCAACAUCAUGGCGCAUGGAUUAUAAUUGCUACAGCGCUUGGGGUGGCCAUCACCUUGGUGUGCUGGCUGAUUCGACUAUAUGUGCGAUUCGUCUUGACUUCAACUUUUGGUAUCGCUGACUGGAUAUUGGCGGCUUCCUCGGCUAUGGCUCUGAUACAGUCAAUCAUAAUCUUGGCGGCAGCCCAUUAUGGAUUUGGCACAUCGAUAGAGUUAUUAAAAUCUGACAUUGUUGUGCGUAUUCAGAAUAUGCUUGUCGCCAGUGAUGUCUUCUAUAUCAUCAGCCUGUACCUUGCCAAAAUAUCUGUCAUGGCUAUUUUACUUCAAUUGACGCCACAGAGAAAACACAACCUUGCGUCAUGGGUUGUAGGGGGUGUUUGCACGGCAUGGUUCGUUGUGUCUGUUUUACUCAUUACUGUUGACUGUGAGGUCAUUGACAGGCCUGGGGAACCUGCUGCUGAGCAUUGUACGAGUCUGCUUCCUCGAUGGCGGUUUAUCACUGCCUUGGACAUCAUCACGGAAAUCGCAUGGCCUGCGCUCGCCAUUACCGUCGUGUACGGUAUUAAAACUUCUCUAAAUCGGAAGAUUGUCAUCCUAUCUGCAUUUUGCUCUCGUUUACUAAUUAUCAUCUUCACGGUGUUACGCUUACACUACGAAGGACCCGCGUUCAAAUCACUCGAUCCAACCCUCGCAUUCAUCGAACCGUACCUCUGGGCCGAAACUGCGAUGCAUUACUCUUUGAUAGCGUGCACUGCGUUCUGCCUGCGGCCCUUCAUGAUCGCCGUGAGUACGAACUAUGGCACUGCAGGCGACGAGUUCUUGACCAGCUCUGGAAGUCGGAAUCGUACAGGCAAGAUCAGUGGUAGCUACGCCAUGAAAGCCAUGUCACGCUCUUCGCGGAAGAAAGGCGGUGGCGGUAGCAUGACCGGUAACAGUGCCCUCCGCUCAACUACAUCAGCCGUCGUCGGAGAAAGAUAUGAAGGAUAUCUCAGUACUAGAGCGGGGCAUGGCCCCUCGGUCGAGGCUACGAGGCGGAAAACGAGCGGUCAUGAUGCGAGCAGCGUUGGGAGCAAUGAGAGCACGAAGAUGAUUAUUCGUAAGGAUAUGGAUUAUAUGGUGGAAUACUUGCAGCGCCAGUCUGCGUGAUAUCGUGACAUCCCAGUUAUGUUGCAAAGAGU